CCGGUUUUGCCUCUCCCGCUCCUCUCCUCCCCAAUAUAAUCCACCAACCGCACCCCCCGUCACCUCCAAGACGACCAUGGAGGCAGUGGACGGUGGCAGCAGCGACCUCGGCCGGCCGACCACUGCCCUCAUGCCCUUCCACCUCCUGGAGAUCACCAUCAUCUCUGCCCAGGGCCUCUACCCCGCCACCCGGUCCAUUAACACGUACGCCUCCGCUUGGGUCGACCCGAAGCACAAGCUCUACACCCGGGUGGACCGCGCCGGCCACGCCGACCCCACCUGGAACGACAAGUUCAUCUUCCGCGUCGACGACGCGUUCCUCCGCUCCGACACGGCCUGCGUGGACGUCCACCUCCACGCCGCCCGUAGCCGCCUCAGCCCCCUCCCCGACCAUCUCCUCGGCACCGUCCGCGUCGUCCUUAGCUCCCUCAGCCCCGCCCCUGGCGUCCGCCGCUUCGUCGCCCUCCUGGUCCGCCGCCCCGUUUCCCUCCGCCCCCACGGCAUACUCAACCUCAGCGUCGCCAUCCUCGAACCCCACGUGAGGAGCAUGCCGCUCUACUUCGGCCUCGACUCUCCGGCGGCCUUCGCCUACAAGGAUAUCACCGUUGGAAGACAGGCGAAAGCCAACGGCCGAAGAUGGUCCUCCGAUGACUGCAGCGGAUGGCAGCUGGAGAGGAACGGAUCGGUGAGCAUGGAGAGUGGGGUGGAGGAGCGGGAGCGGGAGGAGCUGGAGACCAAGCUAGAGAUGUGGAAAGCCGAGAUUUCGCCAGACCACGAGAGGGACGACCGGUCAAACAACAGCCAUGGCGGGCAUAACCGGAAGAGAAGUGGGAGGCUGUCGUUCUUCUCGUGCGCUGAGACAGUGGAGAGUGAAUAGAAGAAACAAGCUGUACGUACCAAGCAAUGGGUUGGUCUGCGAAUGGGUGUCGAUAACGUAAUCUGAUGCAUGUCUACGUUUUCACUUGGAAACUACAUAGAGACUACAUGUAGAGAACAUUCUGCUCCUCUUCAACUACGUUGCUAUUAGAAGCAUAAUAUGAAGCACGAGUUAGACA